AUGCAGCAGUCGGUAAGAGCCGUUCCCUCCUGCAGCGAACGCAGUCACCCCUUCUCGGAGGUGAGCACAAUCACUCGUGGACGUGGUGAGCAGAAUUACGCUUUACUGUCAUCGCCCUCAAAAAUUGAGGGCCGCAGCUCGCAAUUCCACAUUUCUUGCGAUUAUUGGCCUUCGGCCUCUUUCACCUCCAUCCGCACUGCCACUUCCGCCCCUUCGCCCUCAGGAAACCCUAAGAAGCGGCUCCACCUCGCGUUCAACACAGAGCCGCAGGGUCCCUCUGGCAACGGUCGUCUGCCAUUUUCCCUACUCUGCGCACUCUGUUCCCUCCACUCCCCAGCGCUCGUCUGA